AUGACUCAUAUUUGCAAGGCUGAAUUUGCACUGUUGAUGGCAGCUCUUAUUGGAGUUCCCUUCCCACUUAAUUCAGUGGGAAUCAUUCCUGUGGACAUGCUUAAUACCUAUGAUCUCUUCAAAGCAGGGAGCAUGUUUACAAAUGCAGUACAGAUUCUUGAACAGUUCAAGGUAAAAAUGACUCAGAAAAAAGAAGCUACUUUAUCGUUUUUGUUUACACCAUUUAAGAAGACUUUGAUGUCGAUCACUUUGUGUCUGACUGUCGGAAGCGAGUCCAGCUGGAAGCACUCCGAGAUGACCUGGAGCUCUACUAUAAGCUGCUUAAGACAGCCAUGGUUGAGCUCAUCAACAAGGACUAUGCAGACUUUGUCAACCUGUCAACAAACCUGGUUGAUAUGGACAAGGCCCUCAAUCAGCUUUCUGUGCCUUUGGGACAGUUAUGAGAAGAGGUUCUGGGAAUUGAAAUUUUUCCAUUAA